AUGUCGUUCGCUUUCAAUAAUUCCAAGUUCGAUGAACUUCCGAUGGCUAAUUCAAGUGUAAUGAGUACAAUUAUGCAAUCAAGCUUCUCUAAUUAUUAUCAAUGGGGUGUAACAAUUUUCAACUUGAUUAUCCAAUUAAUCUUCUUAAUUACGGUAAUUUAUCAAGGUUUGCAUAAAUCGAGCUCAUUUUUCAAAAUGCAUAUAAUUCUAUCAAUCUCGAUAAUCAUCAGAUCAUUUUUCUUGAUAUUUAUCAAUAAUUGCAUGUUAUUCUCGAAGGAUAGCUUAUUGCCGGAUCUCACUCAAGUCUCUCUCUAUGCGGAUUUCAUUGUUGAUACCUUCAAAAACAUAAUGAUCUUCCUAAUGGCUCUGAAUCGUUGUCUCUCAUUCAUCAAACGAAAUCUCAUGGAAUUUCUCUUCGAUCCAAAAAGAUAUAUCUUUUGGGUGGUUGUUAGUCUAAUUUUUUCCAUCGUUUUCAAUGUUUAUCAGAUAAUUCGCUAUGGAAUUGUUAGAUCGUUUGUUGAUGGAUUGGGAUUCAUGGAUUCUGCAACUUCUAUGGAUGAUAGAACAACAUAUUAUGCUCUUUAUAUGUUUCCAGCCUUGACAGUUCUCUGCUAUUUAAUCUUAUUUUGUUAUUUCAAAAAUCUUCCCAAAAACAAAACAAGUCAAACAGGCACUCAAAGCACCGCAAUUCAUCUUUUCUCCUCACUUAUUCUCAAUCUUCUAUGCUCUUUUUACGCUUUGCUAUUUUGUGAAGACACUAACCGACUUGUCCUUAAACUUUAUUAUUGCGUCAACCAAUCGCCGGAAAUUGCAUUACCUCUAAUAUUUGUGAUUUCAAAUUGGCGCAUGAAAAUUAAGCAGAGAACAGUGUUUUUGAGAAAGACUUCGAGUAAAAAGACGGCGGAAUUCAGUUAA